CUUUUCUUGCCUGUAGAUAAAGGAAAAGAAAAAGAGAACAAAUACUAAUAAAUAUUACCAGUCUCUUCUCUCUCUCAGAAAACCAUACUAGACAAACACAAACCCUCGUUCCUUUCCUUUCCUUUCACUACCAACAAAAUCAUAAACAAAAUUCUCAUUUCCCAAACAAACCCUAACAAACUAACUAUCCAAAUCCAAACAAAGACAGGGAGAAUUGCUCGUUAACGAGGAUUGUUGAAUCGGUGAGUUAAAUCGGGAUCUGAGUUGAAUCAAUCCAUGCAGUAAUGGGCGCAGCAGGUUCUAAACUCGAGAAAGCUUUAGGCGACCAGUUUCCUGAAGGCGAACGAUACUUUGGCCUCGAGAAUUUCGGCAACACUUGUUACUGUAAUAGCGUUUUACAGGCGCUUUACUUCUGUGUACCAUUUCGAGAACACUUGUUAGAAUAUUAUGGUAACGGUAAAAGUAUUGGGGACGCAGAAGAGAAUCUCUUGACUUGCUUGGCAGAUCUAUUUACUCAGAUAAGUUCACAGAAGAAGAAAACAGGUGUCAUUGCUCCAAAGCGUUUCGUACAGAGAUUGAAAAAACAAAAUGAGCUUUUCCGAAGCUAUAUGCACCAGGAUGCUCAUGAGUUUUUGAAUUUUUUGCUAAAUGAACUGGUUGACAUUCUGGAGAAAGAGGCCCAAGCUGUAAAAAGUGAUCCUGAAACUUCUUCCCCACCUGAAAAAAUUGCAAAUGGACCAAAACAUGCUCAGGCAAAUGGUGUUUCAAAAGAGCCUUUGGUUACUUGGGUGCACAAAAAUUUUCAGGGAAUACUUACCAACGAGACAAGGUGCUUGCAAUGUGAGACUGUGACAGCAAGAGAUGAAACGUUUUUUGACUUGAGCCUUGAUAUUGAACAAAACAGUUCCAUUACAAGCUGCUUGAAGAAUUUUAGUUCCACAGAGACGUUGAAUGCAGAGGAUAAGUUUUUCUGUGACAAGUGCUGCAGUUUGCAAGAAGCCCAAAAGAGGAUGAAGAUAAAGAAGCCUCCUCACAUCUUGGUCAUCCAUCUGAAGAGGUUUAAAUAUAUUGAGCAGCUUGGUCGGUACAAAAAGCUGUCUUACAGAGUUGUCUUCCCACUUGAGCUGAAGUUGAGCAAUACCGUGGAAGACGCAGAUAUUGAAUACUCCCUAUUUGCCGUUGUAGUCCAUGUGGGAAGUGGACCUAAUCAUGGGCACUAUGUGAGCCUUGUGAAAAGCCACAACCACUGGUUAUUUUUUGAUGAUGAAAAUGUCGAGAUGAUUGAUGAGUCUGCUGUGCAGACAUUUUUUGGGUCAGCGCAGGAAUAUUCAAGUAAUACGGAUCAUGGGUAUAUCUUAUUUUAUGAGAGCAUUGGUGCUAGUAACAACAAGAGUUGAGAGGUGGUUUUACAAGUAGGUAUUUAAAUGAUUGAGACUGGACUCGCCUUUUGUUUAAUCUGUUAUUAUUGUUUUUCUUUCCCUUUUGUCCAUCAACCAAUGGGAAGAGCUCUCAAAUACCCACACUUGAGAAGACGAUGACGAGAACAACAAAUGUAUACUUGGGUUAUUUCCAUGUACAGGUGGAAGCACACCAUCCUUGUGUUUUUCCAGAAUAAGAGGAUAGAAGAGCAGUGUAUAUGGUUUGAAACUUUCACAGAGAUGGUUUCUAUUGUUCAUGGUUGAGAAUAUUUCAACAGCAGAAAUCCAAUCCAAUUGGGAAUUUGGUCGGAGCUAUCCGCAUGCUACUGAACUUGUUCUACAUCUUCGUAGAUCUUGUUAGGUUUGAUAUUGGUCAUUGAUCAUGCAUUCAUCACAAUGUAGCAUUCAUGCAUGCUAUAGUAUUCUUAACAAGCUUCUAAUGUACUGUUAAUCCAGGCUCUCUUUCCACGGA